GGCACGAUGUCAGGAAGGGGGCAAUUGUGCAGGCGUCUCUGCUGCGGACGCUGCGCGUGAGCGGCCGGCUGCGAACACCAGCGGCGGAGUAUGGCGGAGGCGGGCGGUUAGCCCGUUGCUGCCGCCUCGCAGCAGGGCCCCCCUCCCCGUCCUUGGUGUGGAAUGCGGGGGCUGCUCGCUCCUUGGGCGAGCCUUCGCCUCCUGCUGCUGGGCGGCGUGUGCGGGUGCCUUUAAAUGGCUUUAGCGGGAGCGGCUGCCGACUCAGUCUCAUCUGUGAUGUAAGAAGAGACUUUAGGUGUCUGCGCCGAUCGCCUGACUUCUCCCGUCGCCGCCGCUGCUGCUGCUGCUACGGCGGCUCCUUCUCUCCCUGCCGUCCUUGGCCGCCCUGCUGGGUGGAUGGUGCUGAGCAGCAGUGCCCGCAACUAGCAAGCAGCUGCGGUUCCGGGUUGCCCUUUGCUCCUGCCUCUGGCCAGCCUAGAUUGCUGCUGCAGGCUGCCCUCACGCGCUUCAGCUCUCCUUGUUCAGCCGCCGGGUGCGCAGGCAUGGAAGAAGGGGAAGAGUGCAGGGUGCUCUCCAUCCAGAGCCAUGUCGUGCGGGGCUACGUGGGCAACAAGGCGGCCACCUUCCCCCUGCAGGUUUUGGGAUUUGAGAUUGAUACGGUGAACUCUGUUCAAUUUUCAAAUCACACAGGUUAUGACCACUGGAAAGGACAAGUGUUAAAUUCAGAUGAACUUCAUGAACUGUAUGAAGGACUGAAGUUGAACAAUGUCAACCACUAUGACUAUGUACUUACAGGCUACACAAGAGAUAAAUCAUUCCUUGCAAUGGUGGUUGAUAUUGUUCAAGAGCUUAAACAACAGAACUCCAAUGUGGUAUAUGUGUGUGAUCCUGUGAUGGGUGACAAAUGGAGUGGAGAAGGCUGUAUGUAUGUUCCAAAAGAUCUUCUUCCAGUUUAUAAGGACAAGGUUGUGCCUGUAGCAGACAUAAUAACACCUAAUCAGUUUGAGGCUGAGUUACUUACUGGCAGAAAGAUACACACUGAAAAAGAAGCUAUAGAGGUAAUGGAUAUGCUUCACAAUAUGGGACCAGAGACUGUAGUAAUCACCAGCUCAGACUUGCAGGCACCUUCAGGAGAUGAUUACCUGAUAGCCUUAGGAAGCCAAAGGAGAACUUCAGCAAAUGGCACCACAGUGACACAGAGGAUCCGAAUGGAGUCCCCCAAAGUAGAUGCUGUCUUUGUUGGAACAGGAGACCUGUUUGCUGCCAUGCUCUUGGCUUGGACCCACAAGCAUCCAGACAAUCUUAAGGUGGCAUGUGAAAAGACAGUAUCAGCCAUGCAGCAUGUCUUGCAGAGAACCAUCAAGAGUGCAAAGGCCCAAGCUGGUGAAGGCAACAAACCUAAUUCAGCCCAGCUGGAACUGAGGAUGGUUCAAAGCAAAAAGGACAUAGAAAACCCAGAGAUUAUAAUAAAAGCUACUGUGUUAUAAAGGUUGUAUAUCUCCCAACAACGCACAAUGUAUUGAUGUCCUCAUUUUCUUUCCUGUAAAUUGUAAUGUUUGCCUUAGAUCUGUGACAGAAACCUGACUUCCAUGAAAUAGUGCCCAGCAUAGUUGAGAUCCACUACCAAGCACAUGUGCUGGCCUUGCUUGGAUUAAGAAGACAAGUUAGGUGUAUUAUGACUCCCUCCCAGGUAUCAAAAUGGCUGUCAGAUUAAUUCAGUCUUGUUAUGAAUCCUGGGCACGGAAGCCCAAGGUUUCCUGCCUUGCCAAAGACUUCAGAAUGCAUUUGUUAGUGGAAUGACUGGCUGGAGUGUAUAUACUGUGGUAAAGCGUUUAGUGCCAAUUGAGUAGGUUACCUUUUCCAUUAAAUGAAGAGACUGGGUAGCCUGCUGAAAUGUUCAGUACCUCAAUCACUCUGGAACAAAAAGUAGAGGGAGAUUUGGGUGAAGUGCGAGGAAGGGUCUGAAGUUAGCUUUUAGGUAUUCCGUGCAGGCCUUGGAGAUAUAACGACAUGUUGUUGAGAACUGCUCCCAUUUCUGGUCUGUGAAUAAAUGCAAGACUCCAAUAUCCAGAGGUGCUAAUCCUUUAAUCUCAAGCAACCCAAAGUAUCCCAUGUCACUUUUUGUUUCCACCUUCCUUCUCUCCAGAAAGAAAUGAGUAAAAGAAAAUGGUGAUCUACCUCCGAUAGAUUUUUCUUGUCUCCAUUGUAUCAAAAGGCUUGCACUAUGUAAGUUUCCUUAGUCAGUACUUAUUAUGAAAUCUGAAUACCCUAGUUUAUUUUCUAAUGGCUAGCGGAGUGAAAGUCGGUGUUAUUUGUUGAGACCAAUUCACUGUUUAUGACCACUGGUCAACAGAAACCACCGGAGUGUGCACCUAUUUCACAGAAAGAAAAAUAAAGAUAGUAAUUAAUAAAGCAUCAUAUAAUCAGUAGGUCAGUGAGAUACAUACUUCCACCAAAGGCCCAACCAUGCACUUCUGUUGCACAGCCUCCAUGCCUUUCAAGGACACUUGUGCAGGAAUCUCUUCCAAGCCUAGUGGAAAUGAAUGUAGGUUACAUAAUAGUAGUUUGGGGGUAACUGCAUCCAGAUUUACCACCUUUUUCAGUACUGGUCCCAUAUCUCCCAGAACUAUUCUUAAUUUUUCACUCCCAAGACCCAGUUAUCUAAGCAUUCCAGUGAAUGUUCAACUUACUUAAAUACCUUGAAAAUCAGCACAGGAGUCCUAGAUUCUAUGUUAUGUGCAAUUAUUUACAAUUAUUAAAAUAAUAACUUAAUUUCUUAGAUGCUGAUAAUAUAUUAGACCCAGGGUUCUCCACAUUCAGAAAUAGAGUCCUGUUAUUCCUGCUUCUUUCCUUCUCCCCACCCACCCGUAAACAACAUGGAUAAAUUGACAUUUGUUCUGUUCAUUCUCUCUUUCUUGGGAUGAAACAGGGUAGCAAAGCAAUCCAUAUUCAUUGCCCUGCACGAUCCAUUCCAUUGUACUUUGUAAAGUAUUUGUAGGUAUUGUUAUUUUCUCCUUCCUUGGAAAUAUAACCAGGGUAUUUUCUUUGCCAUUCUUAUUAGAUGAUUGGUUCUUUUCUUGGAACCUCUCUGAAAAGGGAUUCACGCAAAAGUGCAUGCUGCUAUUACCAGAGAGUCACGUGGCCCUUGAACCACUUCUGUGCAGAUUGUGCACUCUUGUUAGAAUCUUGGGAAUUUCCAGCCUUCUUUUAUUAAAAAUAACCACAUUUUAAACCCUCAUAGUUGCAAAGGGUAGUUAACCCUUUCCAAAGUGGUCUUUAGCACCAAACGAGUUUCCCACUCUUGCCUGGUUUCAAGGAUAGGAUAGGCUAAUGCAGGCUUCCCCAAACUGCGGCCCUCCAGAUGUUGCUGAACUACAACCCCCAGCAUACCCAGCCACAAUAAAUUGUGGCUCGGGAUGCUGGGAGUUGUAGUUCAGCAACAUCUGGAGGGCCACAGUUUGAGGAAGCCUGGUCUAAUGCCUGCAAAGUUUUUUCCCCCUCCAGAGGAAGUCUUCCCCCCCCCCCCGCUAAAGAAUGACCAGUGACAAAUAAGCAUAUUAGGGACACACAAGAAAAAAACCUCUUCAGCCUACAGGCCCUACAUUGUCUGCCUGUCCCUUGCAGACUUAGAAGUGCAAACUCCUCUUCAGACUUAAAAUUCUUGUCGCUCUAGCAUGCCCUUCAUGUUCCAGCCACAGCCUUCCAAUAUAGACUCUCGGCAUCCAGAGUGUCUGAAUUUGCCUGUGAAAGAUUCUGAACCACAGCAUCCCUUGAGUGCCUUCCUAACAUCUUGUUCCUGGCCACUUCUACCCAAUUCUGAAGCUGCAUUCUAUUCUCUUAUUACGAAAUGGGAGUCCAGGCAGCUUCAGAGAUGGUAGCAUUUCUUCAUCCAGUAACUUCAUACAUUAUAUAGAUGUGGGAGAAGAGAGCAAGAGUGGCGCAUCUUACCAUGAGAGAGUUAUGUCAGGUUUUCUGUAGAAAGUGUGAAAAGACUAAGCACAAGGGACUCCUGCGUAUCUCCCCUUAUUUCUGCAUAACAUCUGGAGAUGCCUGAAUGGAAUAAUACAUGUGUUUCUUUAGCAGAAUCAAGAAUGUGAAUAUGGCCUUGUGUAUGUCUCAGCCUUACAUUCAACUCUACUAUUUGUUUGCGCAGUGUUUACAAUUAGUACUGAUAUGCUUAAAUCACUCACAGCCAUCUUCCGCCAUCCUAAAGUUCUUAUCAGAUCUGAGGCAAACUGCAAUCUUUUUUUUUUUAGCAAAUCUGAGGGAAAUACUUUCUCUUUAAAUAUAUUUAAUGAUCAAACACCCUUUUGUUUUUUCUUCCAUUUAAUAAUUAGCAGUUUAUCAGCUCUGACAUACUCUACAGGUUAAAGUGGUCCUUUCUGUUUAAAUAUAGAAAUUUCCCCUCUUAUUUCUAAAUUUUACGGUACUACCUAUAGUCACUACUGCUGUGAAAUAACCUUUUAGCAAUAAAAAGUGGGUGAUAUGGUAGUUUCCUAUUGCAUGAGAUUCCAGUCCUUUUCAUGUUGACAGACGCAAGCAAAAUAUUCCCCUCUUUCAGCAAUUGCUAUUUUAACCCAGCUGAUUCCCCCCCCCCCGUUCUCAUACAACUGUAUACAAUACCCAAUAUGUAGCUGCUGAACAAAAAUUAGUCAGCAUUUUAAAAAGAGAGAUUUUACUUAUAAAAUGUGGUGGGGUUUUUUUGUUUUUUGUUUUAAUCAUGGACUCUAGCUGAUUAUUUAAUGGCAGCACAGAAUAUUCUAAGGAUAAAAAUGUCUUUGUACUGAUAACAUUCCAUGUUGACAUCUCCAGCCAUUUGUGGAGGCUUGGAAAGAAUCAGUCUCAUGAUCAGUCCUUGCUUUCUUUCUCCUUGGUGGGUCUGUUAGUGGUACAGCAUUAAUGUUGUAACAAAAGGUAAUUCAGACUCUUCAUAUCUAUCAGAAAAAAGAUCUGAGUUCUUUUUUGAAACCUCCUCUCAUUAUAUAAUACCUGCUAUCAGUGGAACCUUCGUAAAACAAGUGGUUUAAUUAAGAAAUCACCUAACUCCUUUCUUGUCCCUCUUUGUUGUGUUGGAACUAAUAUGCAUUCACUAGAAUUAAAAACUUUAGCAUUGUUUUCCAUAGAUAAAUGGGAGCAAGUAGCUUCAUUAGUGAUUUUUUAAAAAUUGAGAUGAAUUUUAAUUUAGUACAGAGUUUUGAUACAUACAAUGUUCUCAAAAUGCCUUUUCCUAUAGAAUGACAAGUGAGAUAGCUGUAAACAUAACCCAGGAAUCCAGCUAGUUUGCAGUCUAAUACCCUCAGAGGAAAGCACAUUUCCAAAGGUGCUUUGCUUUCCAAACCAACCUGUAACUUGGUUUGUAGCAUAAGCUGGACAAAAUUACACAUCAAGAAAGCACAAGCAAAAAUUAAUAAUAAUUUUUUUAAAGCAAGCUUUUUAGAGAUCACUGUUAUUUACCAGUCCAGUAUGCUAACCUUGGUUGAAGACUGUGGAACUCCUUUGUAUAGUGACUGCUGUUCAUCACCUGUGUAAGGCCUGUGCUGCUGCAGAGUAUUAUUUCAGUGCUUUGAGUCCUAGAAGGAGAAUCACUGAAGGAAAUGGUAUUUUAAAAAAACACCUAGCAAAUUAUUUUUAGACUACUUUUUAAUUGCUGUGAUUUUUGAAAAUUUGUGCAGCACUUGUCUACAUUUUUUCUUUCAGAACCAGAUGUAAGCAAUACUUUGCAUAAACAGCACAGUGGUGUAAAAUCAGUUUUUUAUGCCUUUCUUUUCUUUUGGAUGUCACACACACACACACACACACACAGGUUCCAAUGAUUAUUGAAAUUGGAAACCUACGGAGCAGCUAACAAAUACUCUACUAACUCCUCCUAUUUAUAUUUUGGCAAGUUAGUUUAAAGGAAUGAGCAUCUCGUGGGGUCAUGUCCCAUUUACAGAUCCGUCCAUGGGCAGCCUUAUCCUUAAAACAAAACUGCAUCAGCCCAUCCUCUCUCCAUCAGGAGGAGCUAUUACUCAUAUUGCAUAGAUAUCUUGCCACCACAGUCAGUGUUCAAAUUACAAGGGGGCCUGAAAUCCUUAGUUUUUGUGUUGGCCCCCUUAGCUACUGGGGGAAGCAUAGCAUGACUAAAAUGGAAAGGGAAUGGGGUGGAGCUUCUGGAGUAAGGGCCCCCUUACUUUUCUCUCCUGUAAUUCAAGCACUGGUACAGUUCCUAUGUUCCUCAGAGCCACGACCUAGCCUCUGCACAAGUGUGUAAAGAUCUGUGCUUUUGCAGAGGAUGAGGUAUGUUGAAAAAGAGGGAAAGUUGGCAGUAGCAGAUUCAUUUUUUGUUAUCGAGCAACAAAAUGGUUGAGGGGAAAGGCAAGGUCUUCCUAGAGUUGUAGGCUGUAAUGAACCUCUUUCUCUUCUCCACAAGCCUCUUGAGCUCCUUUUUGAUAGAACACGCAUCCUUCUUUCUCCCAGCCUUCAUGCAGUGGGGACAUUUGGGCUACUCAGCUCAGAGGAUCAGGCUAAAAAUGAAGCAGACGAGUUUAAACAAAUCAUUUCUCUCUAGUGGUGGCAGAGGCAUAAACAUCUCUUGGCAGAUUAGAACCAAGUUAAACAUGUACUGCAGCAGUUCUUAUGGCUGUCUUAACAAAACGGAAAGCUGGUGUUAUCUAGUGUAGCUCAUUUGUGUUUACUUCCACUUUUUGUAAAGAUCUUUUCAAUGUGCCUGUAAAGCUGUUUUGAUUAUUGUGAUUACACUUCCUUGUGGAGCACAAGGGGCUAACUCCAUGUUAACAUACAAGUACAUGUAACAGAGCUCCAGUGAUGCUCUUUUUUAAAAGAGAGAGAAUGAACAAUGGUUUUGAGAGAGGAGAGUUUGAGCAUAGCAGUGUGAGCAGAGAAUGGAUUAAGCACUCCCACUGCUGCUUCUCUGCUCAAAAUCCCCUCCCUCCAUUUUUUCUUUUUUUGGUUUAAAGUACAGGGUCUGGGCUCCAUUACAUGCAUGUGCAUGUAACGUGUGGUUAGUUCCUCAGCAGGACCAAAAUUCAUGUAAAAUGAAAUAUUUUCUGAGCUUGACUCCAGCUUUUAUGUACCCAUCAUUCUUUCUGACAUCCUUGAGCCAACAUUUAGUUAAAGUAAAUAGUGUAGAAAAACUGUCAUUUGUGGACCCUUAUCCUUUAUUGGUUUUAAGAAUCUAUAUUAAAAUGGUUUAUGUUUUAAAUGUUUAUUUGCCAAAUUGCAUUAAAAAUGCAACAAAUCUGUAAUCAGCGCAAUAUUUUAAAAGAAGAAAUAAGCGGACCAAGAUUUCUAGCUAAAGAUACUGCCUUGUUAAGAGUAAAUCUUAUACGUAUCUUGAUUGGGUGGUGUUAAUUCAUUGUCUGUCUGGUACUGUUGCAGUGAUUGUACUUGUCUCUUAAAUUACAGUAUGUGGCAAGAAAGAUUGUAAUAAAAAUAUCUAUGUUUAAUAACACUGUGCAUAACUAUUGUUUAGAUUCUAUUUUGAAUAUGUUUGGACACUUAAGAAUUAAACAAAAUAAUAACAAAUGGAUAGUGUUGCUGCGUCAGACUGAUAACAAUGAUGUUGUUAUUUUUAUGUGAACACUUGUUAGUAGAUAGAGCUCCCACAUGAAAUAUGUAACUGGAACCAAGCUAAACAUAGAAGAAGCUCUUGAAGCCCAUUCAGAUGGCCAAACUACACCAUGGUAUGCACUUCCACCCAGAGGUCACUUGGCCAUCUAUAUCAUCCUCUCAAGUGGCAAGGACAUUUUUAACAUGCAUGAAGUGUAGGACGUGGUAGAAUGUGUAGCAAAAGUGUCAUUUUGGUUGGGUGUUAAGAUGCAUGCGUUUAUCAAGAAAUGUUGAAAAAUCUUACCGGAAAGUGAAACAUUAAUAUUGAUUGACAAAUGUGGGGUGGAAUUUCACAUUUGCCAGAUAGGCAACAAAUUUUGAUUCAUCUUCUGCUUAGGUCAUUCAUGACUGAAAAAUAGCAGGUCUCUGUAGGACCUUCAUCCUGAAAGGUGUCAGUAGUUCAUUGAUCAUCAUAACUGGAUAUGUGGUUGAUCAAAGCAUGAAAGUAGUAUAUUUAUUACUAGAAUAGUUGCUGUGAAUGUAUAUUAAUAAUAUUUUACAGGGCAGAUUUGAUUGUAUAAAUGGAUUCCUUGCUCUCAUCUGUGAACUGCUUACAAAAGGAUCUCUACUCAGGAGAGCUAGGAAUUUUCAAUGGCAUAAGGAGAGCCAGCCGUAGCAACAAAUAAGUAGAGCUUUGACACAACCCUCCUUCCCCUGUUUUCUGACAUCCAUCAUCCUAUGGCUCUAGGACCGAAGAUUUUAUGGGCCAUAUAUAAUCUGCUGGUGGUAAAAAACAUGAUUUGGAUAUUUUGUUUCUUUAAAGAGACCCUAGUUAUAGUUCAUCCUCUGGUCCCUCUUCUCAUUUAACCAUAUAAUUUUUGGUUACCUGACUUUGAGUGUUUAUUGAGCAAAGGCUGUAAUCUAAGAACUUUUUGCUUCAUUCUGAACUACACAUAAAAUUGAAAUGUGAGGGGACAGUUGUAUCAGAAGCAGCAGCACAAUUACAGCUUAGUUAGAGUUCUGGAGUUCCUCUAUAAGGAUUGUUCUCAGACAUUUAAGUAAAGUCCACUAGUUAAGACAUAAAGAGAAGGCCUUGAAGAUGGCACUUAUGGCAGAAUUGGAAAGAUGACAAAAAGGAGAAAUGAAUUGCUGUUUACACUGAAAUAAGAGGUAGCUAACCAGAAAGGUGGGAUAUGUUUGCUUUUUAAUCUCUAGGGUUAGCUUCUUGGGAAUGAUUGUCCCAUUUAGCCUCUUAGAAAUGAUUGCCCCAUUCCUUUCAUUCAGUUCUCCAAAAUUCCAGCCCUCAAGCUAGAUGAUGCCACCAAGAAACCUUUCAUGCAAUUGUUAUCUAGUAUGCCAAGCUUGUUGGCCUCAGGCACAUGCUUUUCUGACUAGAUGUGUGUUUAAAAGCCAUAGCUGGAUGCAAACAUCUGCAUUCAUGGAACCUAAAAUCAAGGAAGCCCAUAGAAGGUACUGCUGAGCAUAAGGCAACUGUGCCAUAUAUUGCUAAGUGGAAAUUACAUGCAUUAUUUACAUAUUGCCUUUUCAUUGCAUUGCUACUUAGAUUAAUAAUUGUGUCUAGAAGAAUGUGGCAUGGUGUGUGUGUGGGUGGGUGGGUGUGUGAAGUUCUAGCAGCAAUGGGGUAGAACUAGAAUUUGAGGGCUGACAGUGCAGGCUAUCGGAAAGGGAGAUAAAAGUAUAUAUUUUUAUAGAUAGUUAUGUAAUUUUAGAUCUCAGCUGCACCAUAUCAACCUCUUCAGGAAUGUACAGGGAAGAUAGAAGAGGGUGGGUGUAGAAUAUGAGAAAGAUAGUUCCAUCAGUCCCAACAGCUGGGAUUAUCCAUAAUUAAUGGAUUUAAUUAAUAUAUAAAGAUGCCUUUGAAAUAUAUUUUUAGCUUUAAAAUAUUAAAUGGAUAAAUAUUUACAAGUGAACUUUCCAUGUAUUUAACAUUGGUGUAGUGCUUUGUAUUGAAGAAAUUGAGCUGUUAGAUGUUUAUACCUCUUAUUAAUUGUUCUGGAGUUGUAGAUACAAGGUAGAUAAAUGGUUUUUAUGGCAGAAAAAAUAAUCUGUGUGUGGUGUGUAAAUUGCGUGUAAUGCCAGUGGCCUCAGUCCCAAUGAAACUGUAUAUUUUCUGGCUAGCAUAUGUGACUUUUAUUCAUUUUGUAGUAAAGUUUACAUGCUACAACUGUAGGAUGAUUAUAAUAAAGUCAAUGAACUACUUAUGUGAAGGCCGAGAACUAAUUAACUCAUGGAUUUAAUAUUUUAAGGAAGAAAAUCAAGUUGUCCCAAACUUGAAGUGUGGGGCUAGACCACUAUUGUUCUAACUCUUUCUAAGUUUAUUCUCUGCAGUGUUCACUGUAAGUCUGCUUAGAUUUAUGAAACUUAAAAUGGUGCAAGAUGUUUCACCAUUUUUUUUUUUGACAGAAGUAUUUAAUCUGGACAGAGAAGAACUCCCCUUCCAGGGUCUCCCUACCUCUUACCGAUGUAGUUAUGAAAAAGUGGGAAUAGUUAAGGACUAGUCCAUAAAACUUACUGCUUGCUCUGGCUAAGUAAAAUGGAAGUGAGAACAUUGUGAUAUGCUACUCUGCCAGCUUCCUCCUCAAGAGAGCAGGGGUAAGAUUCCUUUUUUUAAAUCUUCAGUUUACUGUUUAAAUGUUCCUAAUUGAUUUUGAAGUUCUUGUGAGUUUCAGAAUGGCCAAGUGCCAAAAGAUCUCAUGCACUAGGAAGUUGUUGUGCCACCCAUUUUUUGUUCAGUCAAGGAACACAAGCUCCCAGACAGCCUUCUUAAGGGAUAAGCUAGGCGGGGAUCUGGGGAGUAUGUCCAGAACUUUAUUUCCUCAGCAACAUUAGUGAAAAAUAGAGAUUCAAAAUUAAGUAUGAUUCCUUCCUUCAGGACUUGUGGGACUACUGUUUGCAGACUCUCCUGAUGAUGAGUCACAAUAGUGUGUUCGGUGGCAAACUACAAAAAGUUACACAGUCCUUGCCCUGAGGUUUAGGAUAGAUUUGCCAGUGGUGGAGAGAAAGGAAAGGGUUUUCAUAAAUAGCAAAUAAUGGGUUGGAUGGACAGCAAAUAGCACAGGGAAUUUGGUUGUAGUUUAGAUAAGGCCACAGUGACAUGUUUCUGAUCUUGAAUGGCCCUCCUAGAAUGUGGAGAGCUCUUGGAAUUCUAAUGGCUCUUGCACAACAGCACAUGUGCGGGGGGGGAGGGGGAGUUGCAUGAAAGCUCUCAUUGUGCCCAUAUAGUCCCUCAAAGUACUUAUGCUUUGUUAAUCAGUUCCUGACUGUAAAUGAAUAGGCAGAAGUGAUGAUACAUUUGAGGACUGAUGGGGAAAAGGUAGACUGGGUGCAGCAACAUGUGUUUUUUCCCUGGCUUUAAACCCAUUUGUACUGUCUUAAGCAAUGAUUUGUAACAUCACAUUUGUGCGAACAGGAAAUAGAAGUGGGUUAGAACAUACAAGAAGUGCAUAUCUAUAAAACAUUUGGAUUUUUGCUAAUCUUACUGGGGCAAGGCAAGGUGGUUUUUUUCCUCCCAAAACUUAAACAAACACACAACCAAUCAGGUCUGCUUCAAAAGACCAUUCCAAAAGAGAAUACUUGCAAUGGCCCAUUGGCCUGGCAUCGUGUUGUCAUUUUAUUUAUUUAUUCAUUCAAUUUCUAUACCGCCUUUCCAAAAAUGGCUCAGGGCGGUUUACAUAGAGAAACAACAAAUAAAUAAAAUGGCUCCCUGUCCCCAAAGGGCUCACAUUCUAAAAAGAAACAUCAGGUAGACACCAGCAACAGUCACUGGAAGUACUGUGCUGGGGGUGGAUAGGGCCAGUUACUCUCCCCCUGCUCAGUAAAGAGAAUCACCAGGGUAAAAGGUGUCUCUUUGCCAAGUUACUUGAGAGAGUAACAUAACUUUGUCAUCUGAAGGCUGUGUUUCACAAGUGGGACUGAGAGGCUAGUUGGAUAAUUCAGUAAUCAUUUAAAUUAAUGUUAAUUUGCAACAUCUUCUAAACUGUCAAAAGAGUGAGUAGGCAUUAAUGAAGCCUAAUAGGAUUUAUUAACAAUUUAGUGGCAUAUAGAUUUGGUCAGAACCUAGUGACUUUCUCUUUGUUGUAAGGUUAUUUCUGCUCUGUGAACAACAUGGAUACCACAAGAGGGCACACGCUUUGCUGGGAGCAUUGCCUAUACAAGGUCUGUUAAAAUUAGUGUACACUUCCCAUUCAUUUUAGUGGUUCUUACAUGGGAGAAGAUCCCAACAGUUGUGUUCAGAAUCUACUGUCUCAUGUAGUACUGAAUGUAAAAAUAAAACAGGGUGUGUCUUUUGUGAAAGUCUUUACAAUUUCUUAAUAUGAUUAAACAGAUAUUUUCAUUGUGUAUACUGUAAGUGGAAUGUAAUUCCAUUUUUUCCAAUAAAAUAUAUUUCUUUUUGUAACCUU